AUGUCGUCGAGCCAUUCAUCAGAGCAGUCCAGUGAGAAGCGACCAAUAAGCUCCCAUAAAGUCAUUUUCCUUGGUGAUCAAAGUGUCGGGAAGACUAGUAUCAUCACACGCUUCUUGUAUGGAGCAUUUGAUACGCAUUAUCAAGCCACUAUCGGUAUUGAUUUUGUGGCGAAAGUGAUCACACUUGACGAUGGUCGGAUGAUCAAACUGCAGUUGUGGGAUACGGCUGGACAGGAGAGGUUCAGAUCUCUGAUACCUGCUUACCUGCGAGAUACUGCGGCAUGUGUUGUGGUGUUCGAUCUGAGCUCGAAAGAAUCUUUCAAUUCUGUUAGAAGCUGGGUCGACCAAGUACGCGAUGAGAAAGGUACAAAUGGAGGGGUGGAAAUAGUGUUGGUCGGUAAUAAGGCGGACAUGGCAGAUUUACGACAGGUUUCCAAUGAAGAGGCAAGUGCCUUGGCGGAAGAGCUCGGCUUGAAGUAUUUUGAAACUAGUGCUAAAAGUGGCAUUGAUAUCGAUGAAAUUUUCACCGAGAUUGCCAAAUCGAUACCAGAAGAGGACCCAGUAGUUGGAGGAUCGAACACUAUCAAAGUUACUAGCGGUGAUGAGCUCAGCAAUGCGGCUGCUAAAAGUCAAUCAUGCGGUUGUUGA